AAAAAAAUGAUGCUAGUCCAUGGUCCUUAAAGAGUUAAUCGCCUUCUAAAAACACUUCCACUGCAUAACCAACAAAGGAUCCUCGUUCCUCAGUCUUCACCUUCCUGCUUCCAUGUACCAAUGUUGUGCGUCUUCCUCAUGAACACCGUCCUCAGCGUAUCCUUCUUCCUACUCCUCUCCUCCUUCGCAGAACCAGUCUCACCCUUCUCCCACCAAGACCGCUACACGAAAUCCUCCGACCUCUCUUUCCACCGCCACCACCGUUCCCGAGAAUACUUGGAGGUCACCUAUCCCCUGCCUUCCGAUCAAGUCACCCCAUCAUGCUCUCACCUUAUCCUACGCAACUCCUUCGCCAAUACCGUCGACUCUCCUCCCUUCUCCACCCCCUACAUCCCUCCCUCUCAUUGCCCUUCCCCUUGGUCCCGCGUUCUCCUCCAUUUCCACGCCGAUUGUAAAGGAGAGCAGUACGACCGCAUCGCCGGCCUGUGGGUCGGCGGCGUCGAGCUCCUUCGCACCAGCACCGCCGAGCCCACCAAGGAUGGAGUCUUCUGGAAUGUUUGGAAGGAUGUCACCAGGUACUCCUCUCUCCUUACAAGGUCUGACUUGGAUCUCACGAUGAUGCUGGAAAACGUCGUUAAUCAUGAGUUCACUGGGAUUUACCACGUUACCGUCACUCUCUUACUCUUCAAAGGCCACGCUGUUGUCGGGAAUCCCAUUAGGCUUUCUUGUGAGAGGAGAAUGAGGAUUCUUAGGGAUGAAUCUGAUGGAGGAAUAUCGGAAGUAACGGUGGAACGGGAUGAUCUGGGUGAUACUGAUGUCCGUGGGGGUUCCUUGGAUUUGGAUGAAUCCCCGGCUGAUUUGAUUAUUCCGAUAUCUGAUGACGGCGACCGUGGGUUUUGGUUUAGAGUUGAGCGCGAAUUGGAUGUGCAUUCCCGGAGAAUUCGAAUUCCAACAAAUACUCACCGUGCAGUUCUUGAAUUGUACGUGUCAUUUCAUGGGAACGAUGAGUUUUGGUACUCAAACCCACCCAAUUCAUACAUAAAAACGAAUGGCUUAAGCACAAGCCGAGGUAAUGGGGCAUAUAGGGAAGUGUAUGUUACAAUCGAUGGCGAAAUUGUUGGGACAGAGAUUCCAUUUCCGGUCAUUUUCACAGGAGGAAUCAAUCCCCUCUUCUGGGAGCCUGUUGUUGCAAUUGGGGCUUUCAAUCUUCCUUCUUAUGAUAUAGAAUUAACACCGUAUCUAGGUAAGAUUUUGGACGGGAAAGAACACAAAUUUGGAAUAGGUGUGACUCGGGGCAUCUCGUACUGGCUUGUCAAUGCAAAUUUGCACCUUUGGUUGGAUCAUCGUUCCAAAGUAGUUCACGCAGAUGGAGUCAUUAACAAGCGUCCUGAAGUGUCAAUAGAGCGCCAACAAGAAUUUACAGGACUUGAUGGGUCGUUUGAGAUAGAAGCAGAGAGGGAAACAAAGGUAGCAGGGUGGGUUAGAUCAAGUGCAGGCAACUUGACUACCAUUAUCUCGCAGGGAUUCAAGUUGAAGAACUACAUAAGGUUUCAAAAGAAUGGAACUUACAAGUUUGUGAAACAAAAACUCAAAGCCAAGAAGAAGAUGAGGUUAAUAAAUGGUAGUGGUCAACUGGUUGCAUUGUUGAAGGUUAAGAGAAAGUAUCCCCUGCGUGUGAUAACUUGGACUAAGCCAUGUUUGCAAAAGGACAGAUACCUGCUCGUGACCAAUGUUUCUCAUGCUUUGAAGGAGGAGCAUUCAGGUGCGUGCUUUUCGAAUAAGAUUAGUAACAAACAGGAUUCUGCGGGAUGGAUGGAAGUGAAAGGUCACUCUGUGCUAUCAGGGCAAGCUAUCACCGGGCAAAAUUAUAGUUACAUUGACAGGUUCAACUGCUUCGCUCGAAAUGUUGCGGCAGCUAAUGGCAGGAUAAUUGAAGACAAUUCCACUUUUCAAUGCGAGGAAUGAGAAAUGUUUCUGACUUGUCUUUUCAUGUCUCUACGUUUUAUUGUUAGCUAGUGUCUAGUGAUAACAUCAGUGUCAAGUCUGAAGCCCAUCGAAUUUGCGUUGCUUUUCGUGUAUAAUUGCAAUUUAGUUUGGUGAAGCUGUAUAAUAUCUGUUUUUUUUUUUUUGAACAAAAACGCUGUAUAAUAUCAUUUGAAUCCCAUUAUUCAUGAAUAUAGGACCCUGGAGUGGUAGUGAAUCCCUAUUUUUGCACAAA